AGGCGCGGGCUCCAAUGCGAGCAUUGGAUUUAUAAGGGCUUUUAAAAAGAAAAAAAAUCUGAAACUCAUACUGCACAGCGUAAAACACUUAAACAAGCCGUCACACAAACCAAGAGCGAACUGAUGAAGGACCAAAGAAAUCGGUCAUUUGAUUGUUGUUUUUCAGCACCGCGGAGAGCGUCCAGCAACAAAGCGCUGCUGACGCAGUAUUUUUAUUUCAUUAUGUUGCAUACCUUUGGCCAGUUGCUGUGACCUGUUUUCGUUUAUUAUCAAAACGGUUUCUAUUAUUUUGACACAUCUCGCAGUCUCUUCCGGAAACUGCCAUUCUCCUCCCACUCAUGUUUUUCCUCCCGCUCUCUUCCACGCAAGGAUGACAGCAGCAUCCUUAGGCCUACCAUCAUCUGUUAGGAACAUCUGGAUAAAAUUAUAAAGAUGAACGUUUAGAAAUUGAAGAUGGCUAGAUGACGUCCCAGUCUCUUCUUCCUGGCUCGAUGGGAUCAGAGAUUUGCAGCUCCUUCGCACACUGACAUUGUUAUUGUUGAGCCGGUUGUAACUGCAGCGCCUGCUGGGCAGCAGUGAGCUGGGUGGAGGGUAAAAUGAUCCAAGGCUCAAACAUUUUGGGCUAUGAGAGGCCCCUGGUCAUCAGGAUAUCAUUCGCCACUUGUAUUGUUGUUACUGUGUGCCUGCCACUGUUAGGACUCAUCACUUGCGUCUCUAUAUCCUCUCUCUUUCACUUUGAAGAUGCUACUGGUACACAUUGCCAGGUUCCCAACUACCUGCCAUCCAUCAGUGCCUCUAUCAGCCUCAGUCCUGAGUGCCACAUCUGGCGGUUCUGCAUCGGACUGCACUCUGCUCCGAGGCUUCUGGUGGCCUUUACCUACUUCAGGUUUUACAAGUCCCGCUUUGCUGCCAGGUCCUCCGAGAGCGCACUCAGCUGCUUGAACUUGACCUUUUCCAUUUUUGAGAACCUGGGCCUGCUGCUUCUUACAUAUGUGUCAUCUAAUGAGACAUACUUUGUGCAUAAGGAAGGUUUCGUCCUCUUCAUUGUGAGUUCACUUAUCUACAUGCUGAUAACCUGCCGUUUGUGGAGAUCAAUUAAGAAGUAUUCAUUAAGUCCCGAGGAUGCCAAGUCUCAUCUCUGGAAGGUUCGCUUCUUACUCCUCAAUGUUUGCUUCUGUGCUUUUGCUGGAUUCUUUUACUGGAAACACAACAUGUACUGUGAAUCAGGAAGUUACACCUUUUUUGCGCUGUUUGAGUACCUUGUCGUCUUCUCCAAUAUGGCCUUCCAUCUGACAGCAGUGUGGGAUUUCAAGAGUCGGGAGGUUGUGGUCAUUUCCUCCUUUGAGGACAAAGACUUCUGACUAGAACCUAUAGAUGAGCAAGAUAAAUGUGCCAGCAUUAAACCACAUGAGGAAGACAGCAGCGAUCCUGUUGAAGAAGACUGGGAUGGGCUUUUCCACAUUUUUUCAUAAGGACUUAAAACUUAAGAGCUUAAAGUGUGUUAAUGUCAGUCAAGUGCAAACAGAUGAUACACACAUAUAUACAUGAUGGAUGGAGAAGCAACUUUUGUUCCAAUGUUACUUAUGGUUGCCUUCAAUUUCACACAAUAUUUUGGGUGAUGUGAAAUUUUACUUUGACAUCAAGCACAGCAAGUACUGUAUGUCUGCCAAAGUACAUUAUAUGUGUUUUAGUAGUCUGAAUACAUCCUCACAAGUAAUUGCUUCAAACACAGAAUUUUAUAUCCUAACCAAGUAUAUUAUUCAUAUUGUUGUUGAGACCUGGAAGUGGUGUUCCAGUUGUGUUUUAUAAUAAGCAUUUGAACCCAAAAUAAUAUUAGUUUCUCUGCUCAAGAAUAAACUUACUUUCAUUAAUCGCCAAUAAAAUGGCACAUACCUCCAGAUUGCCAUAGAUGACAAAAGUCAGAUGUUAUCUGUCAUUUGAACCUUUUACGUUACGUUUUGUUAAUAAAGUAUUUGUUACGGAG